AUGCCGAUGCAGCAACUGGUUGACGUCCGCCUUUGGCUGGAUGGCCAACUAGCAAAAGAGCUUCCAGGUCCUGUUACUGAUAAAGACGAUGACAAUGUACUCACCAGAUACGUCGAGAUCAAGGCUGGUCAACAUAAUGGUUCGCGUCGUGCCUGGGACGGUGAGAGAAGCCACUGGGCACAUUUCAACUACACUUUCGGUGCAUUUGGAGCCAGUGAGAAUGACCAGAUGCCUAAAGGCCUUGGACUUGAGCAAGUCUCACGAAUCGGUUCAAUUCGCGUCGCCUUUUACCGAGCCAGGCGUGUCAAAACUGAGCCCUGGCUUGACAACGGAACGCUGCCACAGGUGCUCGAUGAAGUCCCAGAGAAAGCUGUGAAGGGUUCCGAGAUCAAAGCCAAUACAAAGCAUGGUAAAGCACUCGAGUUCAUCUUCCUGUACCGUACACGCAAAGCAUCAGAAGCGUUGCAGAACCUCGGAAUCAUUGAGAGAAGCCCUUCACCGCUACCUGAUCCUCUUCUGCGUGCGGAGAGAGCUGAAGCUGUGGCGGAAGAUGCCUGGCGUAGGAUCAAGGACCUCGAAGUCCAGCUACAUGGAGGAGUUAUUCCAAGCACCGCAACGAUCAAGGCGGAUCCAGAUUCCUAUCACGGUCGCAACCACGCUGUGUCUGCCAUCAAGCAAGAAAGCGCCAUGCGUGUUGCAAUUAUGCCUCUCAACACUACAUCCGCGGAACGCAAACAUCCCGAGUUUGCCAUUGACGAUGAUGAGAUCUUAGAGGUGGCUCCGCCUGCGAAGAAGCCUCGUGUGGUCAUUGAUUUGACUAACGAUUGA